AUGAAACAUCUCUGUGAAGUUCUUCUCUUCUCUUUUUUCGUGACGGCGCUUUCCAACUCGACGAAAGUGUCGUCUAAAACAGCAAGAACCGAUAACGAUACGAAACAUCAUCCGCAAUGUGGUGUCAAUAACAACUAUUUCUACGCUGGUCCCAACUCCAAGAAAAUAGAAAAUAUGUUUUCCGACAUUCAACAACAACUGACCAAACUUGAACAAGAAAUCCGAAACAUAAAGAAGAACCAAACUUGUGAGAAGCAAGAUGGGAAAGCUGUUUAUAAGAACUGCGCCGAAGUUUACAAGUCAGGCUACAAGAUUAGUGGUGUAUACAAAAUCAAUCCUGAUGGUUUGGGAGAAUUUGAAGUCUUCUGUGAUCAGACAACAGCCGGUGGAGGAUGGACGGUGUUUCAAAAGAGAUAUAACGGUGCAGUAGAUUUUUUCCGCGGCUGGAAUGACUACAAACAGGGCUUCGGCAAUCUGACCGGCGAGUUUUGGCUCGGACUGGACAAGAUUCACCGCCUGACUGCAAACAGCAGAAACAAGUUUCGUGUUGACUUGGAAGACUUUCAUGGUAAAACAGCGUUUGCAGUGUACAGUUCAUUUUCUGUGAGGAGCGAAAGGGCGAAAUACCUGCUGGGUUUGGGAGUUUAUUCAGGCACGGCUGGUGAUUCUCUCAGUUCUCAUCGCGGCCUACCAUUCAGCACUAAAGAUCGAGAUAAUGACCACAGCGCAAUCAACUGUGCAUCCUUCGUGAAAGGCGCUUGGUGGUAUAAUGAUUGCUAUCAAUCAAACCUCAAUAGCCUGUACAGGAAUGGUAAAACUGACCGCGAUGCAAUGGUGUGGAGUACCUGGAAAGAUAAAAAUGAAGCUCUUCAGAAGUCUGAGUUGAAAAUCCGUCCGAAGGAUUUCUAA